CAAUUGUAUUGGAAGCCGCCAAAAAAAAAACGGAGAAAAUAUCUCAUCAUCUCUCUACCUUCCUCUAUAUCUAAUGGCUAUUAAGCUUUUGUAUUGUGUAAUCUUAGGCAUGUUUUUGUUAUUUACGAUGUCACGAGUUUGGUGGAAAACCACGAACGGACCACAAGCAGUUUACAUGCGAAAAGAAUGGUUAGAAAAGCUUUUCGAAUCUGGAUUUGCAUGUCUUCGCGUUGGAUUCCAUAACGAUCAAAAAUACUUUAGAUCUUAUUUUCUUCAAUAGAUAAUAACUAGUACACAUGUAUAGUUCUCAAUGCCACGUUUAAAUUAAAAUAAAUCAACAGACCGUGUGUACAUUGUGGUGAGUCUGGUGACAAGUAUUUAUUUUAAAGUAUGUUCUCUUAUGUUCUGGUUAAAUUGGGCUUCUUCCAAAUGAAGACAUUCAUGCGUCAAUUAUGGUGGAUUCGGGCCAGACACAUAAGUCCAAUACCUUGGAGCAGAAGAAUAUAUACAAGAGACUGCAUUAGAAAUAUCUUAGAAGUUUAAAAAUAAUUACUUAAAUCUAUUUUUAAUUAAUAAAGUUUCUUCAAAAACAAAGAUUCAAACUAGGAGUAUAUGUGUUUCG